AUGUCACGUAUGGAGCUGGCACUGGGCCCCAGUGACCAGGACCUGCUGGAUUUCCUGCUAGAGGAAAGCGGAGACUUGGGGGUGGCGCCCGAGGAGGCCGCGGAGGCGCCGCUGGACUGGGAGCCGCCGCUCUCCGAGGUAUUGAGUGAAUGGGCCGUGGAGGAGUUCCUGGAAUCCCUGCUGAGUCCACCGGCAUCAUCGUGGACCACUCUCGGCCCUUCCAGCCCCUGUUCUGUCCGUCAUGAUCACAGCUACUCCCUCCCACAGGAAUGUAUGGCCAAGGAUUUAGAUAGUGGGGGCUGUGGGCAGGAGGUGGCCCAGGUGACUCCACCCAGGGUGAAGGAGCCGACGGAGCAGCGGCACCCAGAGACUGAGAGGCUGAGGCUGACGGAGGAGGAGGAGAGGCUGCUGGAGAGGGAGGGGCUUACCCUACCUGGGACACGCCCUCUCACUAAGGAGGAGGAGCGAGCUCUGAAACGAGUGCGCAGGAAGAUUCGAAACAAGAGGUCUGCUCAGGAGUGUCGCAGGAAGAAGAAGGUGUACGUGGGGGGUCUGGAGAGCAGGAUCCUGAAGUACACAGCCCAGAAUCUGGAGCUACAGAGCAGAGUCCAGCUCCUGGAAGCACAGAAUCUGUCCCUGCAGGACCAGCUGAGGAGACUGCAGGCCACGGUGACUCAGAUAACAAACAAAGCCAGCAGCAGCAGCACCUGUGUCCUGGUCCUGCUUGUCUCCGUGUGCCUUCUCCUCGCACCUGCUAUGUACUCGUCUGACAGAAGGGGGAGCCUGCCCGCUGAGUACAGAGCCUUGUCCCGCCAGCUGCGAUCCCUUCCCAGCGAGGACCCUCCCCAGCAGGAGUCGCACGGCCUGCAGCCCAAGGUACCAAAGAACUGCACAGAGCUGCAGCUGGACGGCUCAGACCACUCCUCCCAGGCCCCUGGCAACUCGCGCUGCUUCUUGUUCCGUGACGCUCAGGCCCCUGGUGUACAGUCUGCCCUGAAGCUGACACUCCCUGACCCCUUCUCACUGCACUCCUGCCCAAGCCCCAGCCUCCCCCUGCAGGCAAAUUCCACGAGAAAGGGGGGACAGCUCCCUACGCACGGCCCCUCCUCUGUCGUCUUGCAGGGCAGAUACUCUUGCUAG